UUAUUGAUUAGCCGCCUAUGAUGAUUCUGUUUUAUGCAUUUUUCAUUGGGAAAUACUUUGUUCACGCCAGAAAAAAAAACUUUGUAUGCAAAUGUAUUGAUUUUGACAAAAGAGUAACUACAGUUUAUUUAAAAAGAUCAAAGAGACAAAAAGUUGUAAAUAGUCACACAGUGCUAUCAAACAAGCUGUGUCAUUCAUGUAAAUUAUUUUUAGUCGGCUUUUAGUCAAAUGCCUUACUGGAACUGCCUGCCUCCCGAACUUCUUGGAAAAAUAUUUGUUUAUUUAGACAGUACGAGCGCAAUACAAUGCCAACUUACUUGUCGUAGCUGGACAAGAGCCUCUCAACUAGCCAUAUAUUGUAAAGUUGCUCUUCGCAACACUGAUCAAAUCGCGUCUUUUGUACACACUAUUACCAACUCAUCUUUUCUCGGGAAUCACGUAAAAAAACUCAAUAUCAACAACGAUUUUGAUACAAUAUCAAGCAAUGUUUCUUAUUUUACUGACCUGAUCAAUUAUUGUCCCAAUUUGGAAGAGCUUACGGUGCUAUGUACUUAUCAGCUUUUUUGGGAAAGACUGUUACGAGAGCUCGAGGAAGGGAACCUGAAACAUUUAGACACACUACAAUACCCUAUAUAUAGCCGUGAAAUUGAAAGCUACAGCCGUGUAGUGUUGACUAUGCGGAGUGUCAUUAAGCAAGCAAUCAUAUGUGAUAGUCUAUCAUCUGGUGAAACACAUUUCUAUACAGAUUCAUUCAACAUGCUUAUUAGUAGACUGGGUGAAUUCAAGCGAAUCGAAAGAUUGAAAGUCAGGAACCACACAAACAUUUCAUUACGUGAACUUGGUGAAAUGCUCGAUAUUCGCUCUCGAUUAGAAGUGCUAAGCAUAUUUAUAUGUCCAGAUGAACCUCUUAUUGCUUCAACGUCUUGCAAAAAACAAGAUCAGCCAAAACAAAUCGAGACUGUCACUAAACUUUGUCUAAGUCUGCCUUUAUGCUCAGAAGACAUAUUUGUAUAUAUCAUGAGCAAAUUUCCAAAUGUCAAGCAUUUGAGUAUCGAUGAACCCUUCUGCACUGAACCAGCUGAAUUAGAAGAUGAAUAUAGGCCAAUGAUUAGUCCUGAAGUCUUGAAGGCAUUUACUGCCUACCUGAAAGCGAUGAAGAGUUUCUACAUCAACGAUCUUUAUCCUCAAAACAUAAAUGAAGUUAUAGAUUUCUGGCUUGCUCAUUUGGUGGAGGGACGCUUGUAUGUAAGUCUUACUUUUGAGAGUGAAUUUAUUGGAGACACAUUAGACAGAAUAAGUCUUGUGCCUGAUUCUACGGGCGUUCCUGAAGUGAGUCUCACAUCUCAAAUUGGAGACUUUAAUUUAAACUAUUUACAUGUCAUUCGACAUGUAGGAAGCAAAAUCACUCGUUUGGAAAUGGAAGACGAAACAUAUGGCUUACCUGUUUUUGUUUUUGAUAACGAAAGAUUCAAAAAUGCGGUGCAUGGAUAUUAUUUGGAUGAUAUAUUUGAUUCUUGUCACAACAUGAAAGAAUUAACACUCACAGGCAUGACUAUGAUUGCUUUUAGUCCUGAGCCCAAGGUCAACAAGUCUAUUGAGACCUUGAAGCUUCUGGGAGGAGAAUGGUACAUGUCCGCGGUCUUUCAACUAUCGAAUCGACUUCCAGCUUUGAAGCAUGUAGAAGUUUACAACUCAAUUAUUGACGAAAAUAUGUCUAUCAUAAUUGACAUGGCUAACACUUCUUUUGAAUCUUUAUCUCUUGGAAGUGAGUUUUCUGAUUAUGACAACUAUUUCUAUUUAAAAUUAUCCUCAGUGAAAGGCGAUGAGUAUUAUCGAUGCAGCGAGACAGAAAUUUCAGCGAGCAAUGAAGCUACCUAUAACAAAUGGGUAAAAAGCCUGACAGUUUUGACUGUAUACAUACGGUGUAAAAGCCUUUAUAAGCUAGAGAUGCGUACUCAUGGAUUCAACAAUUGGUAUACAAUAUCAUCACCAUAAUACAUAAAUAAAAUAUGAGAUUACAUACUCUGA